GGCCACUGCCUAUGCGCUAAGUAAGUACACUUACUUAGCGCGUUUUUACAACUUUUUGAAUCGUUAUAUCUCAGAAACGGUGGUUUGUAGGAAAAAAUAUUGAUACAUUUUGUAUAGAUAAUUUUAUGAUCUACAAUUUUUGUAUAGAGUACUUUUAUGAUAAAACUUACCGUUUUGUUGAAAAUCGCGAAAAACAUUUUUUUUUACCUUUGACCUCGAGUACAUUUUUUUCCAUACACGGGAAUUAUGGGGAACUUUUACAUUUUAUUUAUAAUUAUGUUUUGAACAAUUUUACUGAUUUUAGCUUGUUGGGAAUUUAUGCACCUUCGAAUGUCUAAAUUGCCCGGACUAAUAUAUGUAGGUAUGUACCUACCUAUGCAUACAUUUGUUUAAACGUUUCUUCAUUUAAUCCUGACUUUUAAAUGCUUGGCCCGCUUUACAAAUUAUGUGUAUUUUUUUAAGAAUCCUUAUGAAUUAUAUAACUAAGGAUUCUGAAGAUACCAUACAAUCGAGUGAAUGAAAUAGAAAACCGAAAUAAAAAAGGUUUAUUCCAGAUAAUGCCACUAACAAAUGCCGAGAAGCAGAAGCGGUAUAGGGAGCGUUUAAAGCAAAACCCUGAAAAGUAUGAAGAACAAAAAAAAAAGAAUUUGGAAAGAAUUAAAUCUAAAUAUAGUUACAAAAAAAUUAGCGAAAUGACAGAUCGAGAAAAGGCUGAUACGCGAAAAAAAUGGAGGGACCAGAAAAGAAAAUAUACAAAACACGAAAAAUCGAAACAGACUGAUUGUACAACAAAAAAUAUCACUGAUGUUGUGGCAGAUACGCCUACUACUUCUCACACUUCGAAUAACGUACAACCAAUCAUAAAGCGUCUUCAAAGGUCGAGAGCUAUGUAUAAGAAAGUAUAUGAAGCUGCUGAGAGUCGAAUAGUUACUUUGAUGCGACAGAAUGAGACUCUAAGAAAAAAGUUAUACCGGUUUAAAGAGAAACAGAAGACAAACCAAGACACUCUACAAUUGAAAAUAGAUAAACUUACGGCUAGAAAUGAACUUCUUGAAUCGGCUUUGAAAAAUGCAUAUAAAAAUUGCAAAAAUAAUGAAGAAAGGAAUUUAUUGAAAAGUAUUGCUGUACAGGAAUCUAUCCAAGAAAAAAAAGGCACAUUUUAUAUAAUUUCAAAGUUAGGAUUAAAAGGAGGAGCUAGAAAAAAAUGUGAAAAAAUGAAGUUGUUAAAAAUGAAAAAACAAAUUGAGGAUUUUUUCUUAAGAGAUGAUAUUACCCGAGCCACAUCAGGGAAGAGGGAGUGUAUAACUAGAAAUAAGUGUAAAAAACAAAGAAGAUACCAAAACGAUACUUUGAAAAAUUUGUAUGAAAUAUUUAAACAAGAAGGCGGAUCUGGUUCCUUUUCCACGUUUUGCAAAUUUAAACCUUUUUAUAUUCUUUCGCCGUCCAUAAAUAAAAGAAAUACUUGCCUUUGUGUGAAGCACAGUAACAUAGAUUUUAAAUGUAAUGCUUUAAGGAGAAAUAAUGUAAUGCUUCACAAUAAUUCUUAUGAAGUACUUAAAGCUAUUGUUUGUGAUAUUAGGUCAUAUCAAUGCAUGUACGGAACUUGCAAUAACUGUAAAAAUAAAAAAAUAAAUUAUAAUCUAGAUAAUCUGACUGCUGAAAUUCAAUGGCAAAUGUGGGAAACCACUGUACACAGUUUUACAAAAAGAACUGAUCAAGGUGAUAAGACGGUCAAAACUAAGAAAACCAUAAAAGCUAUUAAAAAUGGUACCAUAAAUUAUUUAGUAGAAAUAUUUAAAGCAGAUCUUGAGAAAUUUAAAGUACAUAGUUAUAACAACUGGCAUCAAAUUGACCAAUAUAAUAAACUUAAAGAUAAUAUAGGUAAUGAUGCAGUGGUCAUACACUGCGACUUUUCCGAAAAUUUUGAUUGCAAAUUGGCGGCCGAAGUGCAAUCAAUGCAUUUCGGUGCGUCAAAAACACAGGUCACUUUACACACGGGUGUUGUAUAUUAUAAGAGCGAAAAACAAUCUAAACAAUCUUUCUGCACAAUUUCACCCUCAAACAUACACCAACCUGAUGCCAUUUGGGCUCAUUUAAAACCAGUCAUCCAAUUAGCUAAGUCAUUAGUGCCUAACCUAAAAAAAAUUCAUUUUUAUUCCGAUGGUCCCAGCUCGCAAUAUAGACAAAAAAAUAACUUCAUACUUAUUAAAUAUUUUGCGUCAUUAUUCCAUAUAGAUAUAACUUGGUCGUUUUUUGAAAGCGGGCAUGGUAAGGGCGUAGCUGACGCAAUAGGUGGUGUUGUGAAAAGGGCCUUAGAUAGAGAUGUAGCUUAUGGAAAAGACAUUGUAAAUGCAGCGGAUGUAUAUGCGUCCCUGAAAAAAAAUGUACCAUCAGUAAAAUAUUUUUAUAUAAAUGACUCAGACAUAAACGAAGUGCGUAUAUUGAUCCCAGCUUCAAUUAAAACUAUACGAGGUACAAUGUUGAUUCACGAAAUUAUAGCUUUAAAAAGUAAUGAUAGGACGAUUUACCACCGUAUCCUUAGUUGCUUUUGUACUGGUCUUAUCUGCCAAUGUUUUGAUUUGAAAACUCAUAGGUUUGAGAGAAAUUGUGAUGAAUUAUUUUGUAAUAUGGACAUAACAUCGAAUGAGAAUAUGGUAUCUGAAGUCGGUGCAUCUGAUGUCUCUGAGCUAACAGAACAAGAUCAUUUGGAACAUAAUAUGAAUGAAAACAACUGUACCCUACCGACUGAUGCUUCAAACAAUAUUAACCAGACAGAAACUACUUUAGAUGAUUUGAUAACAGCUCAGAGAGAUUAUAAUGUUCCUUUAGUUCCAGAAAAUCAAGAUCAUGCUGUGGAUAUUUCAGACGAAAACGUAGGAUUUGAAAUAGUUGUGUCUGAUGCUAUAAUCAAUAAAGCUAUUAGCAUGUUUUCCACCAACACUUCAAGUACUGUCGCAACCAAUACGAUUUUCGAACCAACAUCUGAAAAUAUGCAAAAUAAUUCAUUAUUAGUUACAUCCAAAGGCGAAGAAAAUGAAAAUAAAGAAAAUAGACACACUGAAAGAACUAAAAAUUCGAGUCACUGCCAAGCGAAAUGGGGAUAUUACUGGACAAUGAUAUCGAUAAGUUCUUGUCGAAAAAAGAUUUUCGUUUGUUUUUGAAAUACAACAUAAAAUGGCCGUGGCCAGAAACCCAUUUUGUAAUGUAUACAAAAUGUUACAAUUGUGGACGGGACACGAAGUCAUCACCGUCGAAACAAUAUCAUAUGAUAUCAACUUUAGAUGUCAAAGAAAUACGGAAAAUACUUAUAAAUACGUCCAAUUGGUGUCCAAUCUGUGAUUUUUGUAUUUAUGGACACUAUACCUCAGACGAAUGUGAGGUUUGCAAUUAAAAAUGGAAACAAAAUUAUUUUAUAAUUACGACUGAUUUAAUUUUUAUUUUUUGUUUGAUAGUUUGUAAUGUACCUACCUAUUACCUCUUUGAAUAGUUUAUUAAGCCCUACAGUGCAAUCUCAGCUUUAUAAUUUCUUCAUUGUUACCAAAGUUCCUAUUAGUGUUACCGUCCCUUUUAAGCCUUGAGAGAUUUUUCUAAUUAUAUUAAGUUUAAUUAAAUUAUAUUAAAUUGGUAGGUCGUAAGUUUUAAGAAUGAAAA